AAAAAAUGUGUUCUGUCGAGAAAGAAAAUUUCUUCAAGUUACAAUAUUUGUUUUCAUGUGAAGACUGUACCCUAAGUGAAGAAACAACGGCAUCUCAUGGUAACAUUCUAGUUGCUCACGAUUCUCAACGAGUUGGAAACCAUUUGGAGCAUUAUCUGGCCAUUUCGUGUGAUGAAGCAAAGAUUCAACAGUUUCGAUGGCGUGCUGAAAAUUCUUCAAAACAAUCCACGAACAUUGUCUUCUUAAAUGAAAAUUCGUAUGUUGUAGCAAUGACCUAUAUCCCUUUGUUGAUGAACCAAAAGGGUGGGGACAAAACGCAAAAAUUGUACUUAUUGUUAGGCUUUGAAAGUGGUCGCAUUUCAAUAUACGAUUGGAAGACAUUGUAUUAUACAGGAUUUUUGCCUUGUUUUGAACUGAAAAGAAACUUAUCUAUUUCAUCUUUCACUUUUGAUAAAUCACUUUCUUUAAUAAGACAAACACAGACUUAUCAAUCAAAUAAUAAACCGGGAUGUUUACUGAUACAUUUCUCAACAAAGCAAGACACGAAGCGUCAUCCAUCUGGCUCCAACGAUGGUUCAAAAAAUAUUGUCUUAGGAGUAUCUUUAAUUGAUUUUCACAAUUAUUUAAAAAAAAAUCAAAUGGUGUCGAUAUAUCCAAUUUCUUUUUAUAUUUACAUAUUACCUACUGAUACAAUCGAUUAUGCUGUCUUACCCCGUUUUGAGUGUCAUACAUUCGAUUGCCUUGCGUCAGUACCAAGUGAAAAAAAUUCGUGUGUGCUACCCGAAUUGUCUGCAUUGGAUAUUCAUACCAGUGAUAAAAAUGAUAUCCAAGAAUUGAAGAAUUAUAAAGAGACUGUACAAGAUCCGUCUCCUACAAGAUGCCACGCUCAACCAUAUCAAACUUGGAAAAAAGAAUGUAAGGAUCUCUCGGACUUUGAAAAAGAAAAAAAAAAUAUUUUUCUAUUUAAUUUAAGGAAGAGUGUUGCUUAUGGUUUAAAAAAUUUCUUUAAUGAAGAUUUUUCACUUAUCUUUUGCAUUUUAUCAAACGAUGUUUUUUUGUAUCAAAUGACGACGAGACCGCCGCAAAACGAAGAAACAGGAUUUCAUCGAGACAAACGAAAUUUCGGUGAUAAAAAUGUGCCCAAUGCGAAAGCGAGUGAAAAUUUCAAUAGUAAAAAAAGUCCACAUGUCUUUAAAGGAGUGACUUUAGGACUCAAAGCUACAUCAAGUGUUUUCUCUUUUGUAAAACCCUUCUCAUCCCGUUUGUUCGGCCAUGUAGAAAAACAUUCACUUGGACCGUCAUAUUCGAAUGACUUCCAUGAAAAUAUCCCAACAAACAUCGUUCCACUAAAUGUUGGAAUGACCGAGGCAUGUCGGUUAACAACCAUACCUCACUUUGACAACACUGAUGAAUUAACAGUAUCUUCAAAUAUUCAUCUUAAACCGGUGUUUCUUUACCCUUUCAAAACUCGAAUAGAUCACGAUCGAAGAGGAAUACGAUUGUUCCGAUGUCCUUAUAAUAACCAUUUGGCUUUAGCAACGGAUAAUUUCGGAAGAGUUCUUUUUUUACACCUUCCAUCCAUGCAACUUGUCUAUAUGUGGAAAGGGUAUCGGUUUGCUCAAGUUGCAUGGAUAAAACGGAAUGAUCAAUUGUACAUUGUUCUCUAUGCACCAUUACAAGGCAUACUUGAACUUUGGUGCCUUCAAUCGAUUCAACGCGUUAAUGUCAUAAAGGUAUCCAUGUAUGGUGUACUUGUAUCGAAUCAAAGUCAAACAAAUAACGAGAAAACCCUUCCUUUUGUUUUCGUUAAUAAUGAAGGAUCCAUUUUUGCUUUAUCAACUAAUUUAUAAAACGAAAAACACAAUCUUGUAAUUGUGAUAGUCAUUUCGUCUGUUUAAAUCACCUUUAUAAAGAAAAAACAAUUCAGAAAAACAAUUAAAGUGCUUGUCUUGUUUUUUCAUUUUUGUUUCCUCUAUAAUACAUUACAAAGCUGAAUA